CCGGCCCGGCCCCGCCCGCCGCCACAGGCCCCGCCCCCUUAGGCCCCGCCUUAGGCCCCGCCCCCGCGGGCUGUCACUGCGGCGGAGUCGCGGCGGCGCCGCCAUCGCGGGCAGAUGCAGGCGAUCAAGUGUGUGGUGGUGGGCGACGGAGCUGUAGGGAAGACCUGCUUGCUGAUCAGUUACACCACAAAUGCCUUCCCUGGAGAGUACAUCCCCACUGUGUUUGAUAACUAUUCUGCCAAUGUCAUGGUAGAUGGAAAGCCAGUGAACCUAGGCCUCUGGGAUACAGCAGGUCAAGAGGAUUAUGACCGACUGCGGCCUCUUUCCUAUCCACAGACGGAUGUUUUCUUGAUCUGCUUCUCACUCGUGAGUCCGGCGUCCUUUGAGAAUGUCAGAGCCAAGUGGUACCCUGAGGUCCGACACCAUUGCCCAAAUACACCUAUCAUCCUCGUGGGCACCAAGCUGGACUUGAGGGAUGAUAAGGACACCAUUGAAAGAUUACGUGAUAAGAAACUGGCUCCCAUCACCUACCCCCAAGGUUUGGCCAUGGCUCGAGAGAUCGGGUCGGUAAAGUACCUUGAGUGCUCUGCCCUGACACAGCGGGGCUUGAAGACGGUGUUUGACGAAGCCAUCCGGGCUGUGCUCUGCCCACCACCUGUGAAGAAGCCUGGCAAAAAGUGCACCAUGUUCUGAGGGCUGUGGCCUAGGUGCUGGCUCAGCAUGUUGUGUCCUCCAACAGAUUGCAUAUUAGCUGGGUGUUUCUGGAGGGGGCUGGGAUGCAUAGGGCCCUUCAUCAUGUACGAAGUCAGUGUUUUUUAAAUAUGUCUCUUUGAUUUAACGUCAAUGUUGAUGUGAAGGGGCAGCGGGGGCAGGAGACCAGCUGAGGGCUAUGCAGCCCCCAGGGAAGUCCAAUGGGGAAGGCAAGGUAGCUCCUUGGGGCAACAGGCUGUUUUGGCUCUCCCGAGCUCAAAGCUGAAAGGGCUUGAGAUAUCCAUCCUGUGCUGGGAACACCUGUUUGUUUUUUUUUGUUUUUAAUCUGCAGGUGAAACAUGCUGAAGAUCCUUGUGGGAGUAGGGAGGGAGCUGAUAUAAAUGGUAGUGAAUGACAAGAACAACUAGGAGAGUAGUGGGGUCUCCUUGCCCAGCCUACUGUGGCUAACAGUUAACAAAUUGGUGCUCUAGCAGAUAUGUGCCUGAGACUGUUAAAGGAAUCAUAACUAGACCCAGAAGGGGUCGAAGUAAAUGAAACGUGAAGCUGAAAAACUAAUCAUUAGGUGCUUUAUUGGAUACUAGCCAAACUCAGUGAGUGAAACAGCCUUGUGCAAUCAAUGUAUUUGCCUUUGUGUGUGCACACCCUAGGAUAGCAUGGUGCUGCUCCCCCCCCAUCAGUCUUUAGCAGGGCCUCCCCGUACAAUCCAGUCUCUGCAGAGCAGGGCUGAGGUUGUUGCCUCUGUUUUUUUUUUUUUUUUUUUUUUUUUUUUUUUCCUACUAAAGAGAACAAAGAAAGCAAAGAGGAGUCUGCUAACUUCUUCUUUCCCUUCCCACUGAAAGUGCAGACAGGCUCUGUGGAUUUGGAUGGAACAGGGAGAACUCUUGAAGGGUUGUGGGAGGGGUUGGAAUAGGGUUGGAAGAAAGACAGAUCCAGUUUCUAAUCAUCAUGUAGAGUGACAAAGGUAAAACCUUAUUUGGUGCAAUAAACAUUCUCCAUGACA